GUCAAAUCUUCUUCUAUUCGUCGAACGUCAAACGUAUUCGAAUUCAAAUUUCAAGUGCGAAUUAUGUCUAAAUGCAUAGGAAAUCCAUCAAAUUCCACGAUUGUUGCUCCGGACAUACGUUAUUACGUGCGAAACGACCCGAUUCCGGCACUAACAGGAUCGAUUUGUACCGAACGUGCAGAUCCAGAACGAAGAAACCGUCGAUAGAGAGCCAAUUCUGCGCCGGCAACAACGAAAUAAAAUGCAAACCACCUGCGAGAAGAAGGCCCCCCAGCACCCAGUACAUCUGCUGCAGCAAUCCCUGCAAAUCCGUCGAAGCGGUGUGUCCCAAAGCCAACGCGGCUACUUCGAAUUCGCCGAUAUUUCGCAGCACGUCUACGGCUUACGAUUUGAAAGAAACGCGCAACGAGGGCUGCGGACCACAAAAAACAGUCCCAAAUUGCUGCUUCUAUUGCUGCAAACCAUCGGCCAGCCAAAAUUCUACGGUAUCCUGUUAUUCUUGUUCUGUAUCGUCACCUUGUCCAUCGACUUCUUCACCGUACAGCAUCAAACCGUGCCAGAAGGUUUCUUCUACGAGUCAACAAGCAUGCCCGUAUUGUUGCAUGCCGUGUAAAUUGAAGAGUAGUAGUUCAACCUGCAGUCCUUGUUCCCCGCCACCUUGCCCGAAGAAACCCUGCAAAAAAUGCUAUCCGCCUUGCCAGAAGAAUCCAUGUUUGCCGGCAUGUCCGUAUUGUUCACCACCGUGUAAAUCAAAGCCAUGCAAUCAAUGCUCGGCUCCGUGCGACAUGAAAAAAUGCUAUCCACCUUGCCAGAAGAAUCCUCCUUCGCCGGAAUGUCCGUAUUGUUGCCCAACACCGCGUAGAUCAAAGCCCAGCAAUCCUUGCAAUACGAAAAUAUGCUAUCCACGUAUCAAAAAGUGUCCUUCUUCAUCCGAAUGCCCGUAUUGUUCACCACCGCGUAAAACAAAGCCCUGCAAUCCUUCCUCAGCACCGUGUGACAUAAAAUGCUAUCCACCUUGCAGGAAGAAAGCUCCUUGUCCACAUUGCUCAACACCUUGUCAAAAGAAACCCUGCACUCCUUGUUCAUCACCAUCAAAAACAAAACCUUGUUCAUGCAUUUUCACGUCUCAGAGAAAGGUCUACAGUCCACCCUGUAAGUCGAAGACUUCUCCACCGUGUAGAAUGAAGACCUGGUGUCCAACACCUAGCAAACUGAAAAUUAGACCUUCACCCUGCAGGUUGAAGAGUCCUUGCGAAUCGGACACGUCUUGCUUGCCCACGUGUACCCGAAAACUCUGUUAUCCUUGCAAGACUAGCGAUCCUUGUUGGCGAGCUCCGUGCUGUUGCGAUUCCAACACUAGAAGGCUUUCUUCCAAGCCUUCGAGGGUAGAAUUCUGUUACAUGUGCAACACGAGGAUCGGCCAGCAGGAUAAAUGUUGCCAAUCGAAGUCCACUUCGACUUCAACGAGCUCACAUAGGACCAAAACGUGCGAUAGGGUAAACGUCAGCAGUAGAGGAAAGUGUUGUAGGUUUAAGUGUGCCGGUGAAACGAAAAAGAAGAAGAUGAAUUAUUACCAAUGCGUCGAUAUGGAGGUGACACCCAGGAAGGGUUGUUGUCGAGGCGAUAAGAUGCAAAAAUGCAAGAGUAGUAAAGGUCGCGCGGAGACCAAAUGUUGCAAAACGAAAUGCAAUGGAUCUUGCGAGGAGCUUUGCAUGCCCAGAAUCAGGAUAGGAUGUAAUCCGGAGUUGAUAGAAAUCGGAGGUAGCAGGAACAAUCCGACCAUCUUAUUGGGCAGAUAAGUGUGUAUGUAAUAU